AAGAUCAGCACCCUGUCUUCUCAUAUCUCAUCCAACUCUCUGCAUGGUUCAUCUUCAUUGAUUGGAACACCACUUCAGCUUCACAGCAGCAACAGCUCAUCACAAUCUAAACGAGUCCAGCUCUAUGUGGGCAAUCUCACCUGGGUACGAUUAUUCAAACCUUUCCAUUUAUAAAACCAAGUUGUUCAGAGUGUCGUUAUAUAUAUAUAUCUAUUUACACAUAUAUAUAUAUAUAUCUAUUUAAAACUAAUUGUGCUGUAUAUCGAAUGGCUCCCAGAUAGUUCCCGACUGUUAUUUUUAAAUCAAAAUCAAUCAAACCUGUUAAGUCUGUGAUAUCAAACCUAGCCACACUGUUGUUAUGAUGGAGGGGCCGUGAUGUGUGAUAAUACUGUAUGAUGGCAUUCGAUAUUGAAAGAAGGGCAUCAUGAAUGUUGAUGUAUUUAUGUGUCUGUGAGAAGGCAUACCGUUUCAGGGACAUGAACGCCAUGCAUGUUGUACGCUAUGUAUCUGCAAUAUUUUUUUUUUAUUUAUUUUUUUCAAUCAUUUUUUGAUCUACCAUAAGCAGCCCAACAAAACCUAUCAAAAACCCCUAUCAAAUCCUUUGACUGAAGGUUUUGAGCUGUGUUGUAUUACGCUUUCUAAGGACGCGGUCAUCCAUAGAAAUUCCCCAGAAUAAUUCUUGUCAAUCAGUUUUGCGUAACUGAUGUGCCAUUCACCGCCCCAUGUUUUUUUCCCUCCCACUAUCGUCAUCACUGCAAACUCUAUUUGAGUCGAAUGAAUUGUUAGUUUGGGGUGGGAUAUCGUUUGAUAUGACAAUCGCAGCCACGUACAACUACUGGCGUCCGCAUGUGCAGGAACAUCUUUGAUGAUGACAAGAAAGAAACUGCACUGACAUACAUUCACUACAAAUUGCGCGGCUGUGUAAAGGUGCCCGAUCACAAUAUCAUUUAUUUGACCAAUACAAUUAUGUGGACUACAGAUGCUGACGUGGAGAAUGCUAUCAGCGGGAUUGGCGUCCAAGACCUGGUGGAGGUGCGAUUUCAUGAGAAUCGAGCCAACGGGCAGUCGAAGGGCUUCUGCGUCAUCACCGUCGGUUCCGAGAUCAGCGCCCGUCAAUGCAUGGACAAACUACCCAAAAAGGAGCUUCACGGACAGACGCCCAUCGUUACCUUUACUUCCAAACAAGCACUCAAUCAGUUUGAAGCGCAAUCAAAGAGCCGACCAUCAAGACAAUCAAGUCCUCCACGCAGUACCGGCUCGGCACCGUCUGGCGUUCCAUCGUUAACGGUCGGAUUGUUAGGUCCUCCGCCAAUGAACGGACCUCCUCCAAGGAUGAUGAUGGGUCCGUCAGCCUCAUCGUCUGGGCCACCACCCUUAACAAGCCUCUCCUUACCCCCGCCACCGUCGGUGCGUGGUCCGCCAACCCCUGCAGGCAUUCCCGUGCCACCACCGACCCAUCACUUGCUUCCACAUCCUGUCAUGUCACCCACGGUGGUACCGAGAGGUCCUCCACCUGGAAUGGGAAUGCGUGGACCACCGCCCGGAAUGGAUAUGAACCCUCAUCGCAUUCCGCCACCUGGUAAUGGUCGGCCGGAAUGGGCUAACAUAGUCCAACAGCCAGCCCCUCAUGUCAAUCCGGCCUUCUUCCCUCCACCCGUUGCGGCACCUCCACCGGGCUUUCCUCCACCGAUAGGUCAACCCCCUCCGUUUAUAACCGAUACCAGGCCACCGCACACCAAUGAUGCGCCAAGCGUUAGUGAAGCUGAAUUUGAGGAGGUGAUGGCCCGCAACCGAACAGUAUCUUCUUCCGCCAUCGCCCGAGCUGUCGCUGAUGCCUCCACUGGUGAUUAUGCCAGUGCGAUUGAAACGCUGGUAACGGCCAUUUCGCUGAUCAAACAGUCAAAGGUUGCGCACGAUGAACGUUGCAAGAUCCUAGUGUCUUCGUUGCAGGAUACGCUGCACGGUAUUGAGGCAAAGAGCUACGGUUCACGAAGAGAUCGGUCGAGGUCAAGAGAUCGCGAAAGGAGAAGAAGGCGUUCACGCAGUCGGGACCGUGAGAGGCCCAGUGAACGAGACCGAGAUAGAGACCGCGAGAGAGACAGAGAUAGGGAUCGUGAGCGCGAGCGUGAACGAGACUACGUUGAGCGUCCAAGGGAGAGAGAACGUGAUCGCGAUCGCUCUCGUAGUCAUGAGCGAGACUACCGUGAAACGCGGAACCCGCGAAAUUACGAAGAGCGAUAUUCGUCUCAUGAUGAAACUAGGAGAGAGUAUGGCGGAGGUAGUCGCGGCGGAGGAUCAGAUCGUGACAAGGACCGAGAAAGGGACGGUGGUGGUGGUGGUGGAAGUAUGCGGGGAGGACGAGGCGGUGAUCCGGGGAUGGAUCGGGAGCGUGAACUGCGGUCUCGAGAUGACCGAGAAUCGCGCAGCAUGAGACACUAAUAGACAAGAAUCAUAUGAUAAGAAGAAAAGUAAAAAGUUGACUCUUAAAUAUCCGUCAUUAUUCAUAAUAUUUCUUUUUUUUUUCCCGCGCUUGUGUCGCGACUUGGUAGCAUUUAAACACACGUAUGAACCACGUUUUUUUUAUUUCGUUUAAACAUUGCUUCGGUGUGUCAACCUCUCCUCCCAAGUCCCUAAAACUUUCUCGAAACAAUAAACAUUUUCAAUUUCA